AUGAGGUUUCUUUGCUUGCACGGCGGCGGCACCAAUGGCGAAAUUUUUGAAAUCCAAAUUGGAGGCCUCCGCCAAAUACUAGAGAAAAGUGGGCACCGCUUCAAAUUCAUGAACGGCAAGAUAAACGCCAAAGUCGAAGAGGAACUUGAAGGAAUAGUGGACGGCCCCUUCUAUAACCACUACACCCGAGGUACCUCACCAGGCUCUAGCGUCCUCGAAGCCUUCGACCAUACCAAACGCUUCAUCGCAGAAGAAGGCCCCUUCGAUGCAGUGAUAGGCUUCUCACAAGGCGCAGCACUAGCAGCCUCACUUUUAAUCCACCAAAAGAAGACGCAACCGGCCGAACCACCGCUAUUUCGUGCUGCGGUGUUUAUCUGCGGUGCGGCACCAUGGGAGAGUUCCGGGCUGGAGCAUAUAUCACCGCAGCCGGACACGUACCCGAUUGCCAUUCCGACGGCGAAUAUUGUUGGCAAGGCGGAUCCGCUGUUCGCUGAGGGAGUAAAGUUAUUUGAGCUUUGUGAACCCGCUAAGGCGGUUUUCUAUGAUCAUGGUUCUAAGCAUAUGGUUCCGUUUGAUAUGAAGAACACGGAGGAGAUGAUUAGGGUUAUUGAGGAGACUGUUGCCAAGGCUAUUAGGGGUUAG